AGGACUCCAUUUCUUGGUUUGCUCCGGGGCCUCAGAAUCUCUGGCACAGCCCUGAUGGCCGCUCCUUCCAUUGCCCUCGCAACUGUGCUGCUGCUUUCGUUAGCCUCUCCAGCCACCUCAUGCUCCGAGCAGGAGAUGAGCUCCCUCCUCCAGUUCCUUGCCGGGCUGUCAGGGCACAACGGCCUCUCAGCGUCAUGGCGGAACGGCACGGACUGCUGCAAGUGGGAAGGGAUCACCUGCAGCGCUGAUGGCAUGGUGAUCGAGAUCUUCUUGGCGUCCAGAGGCCUUGAGGGGAGCAUCUCGCCGUCCCUUGCUGACCUCAGCAACCUACAGCGCCUCAACCUAUCAUACAACUCCUUCUCUGGCGGCCUUCCGUCAGAGCUGCUGACCUCCAACAUCAUCGUCCUCCUUGAUGUCAGCUUCAACCAGCUCAGCCGGGUCCUGCAACAAAACCUCAGCUCAUCAGUACCUGAUCACAGGUCACUGCAGGUAUUGAACAUCUCGAGCAACUUGUUUACAGGAGAGUUCCCAUCCAUCCUGUGGGAGAAUAAGAGUAAUCUUGUUGUGCUCAAUGCGAGCAACAACAGUUUCCAAGGAUGGAUGCCGUCUUCCUUCUGCAUCAGCUCAACAUCCUUUGCAGAGCUUGAUCUUUCCUAUAACCAAUUCAGUGGCAGCAUUCCGUCCGGUCUAGGUAAAUGCUCUGCGCUUAGAGUACUCAAGGCAGGCCACAAUAACCUCAACAGGACACUCCCAGAUGAACUCUUCAAUGUUUCCUCAUUAGAGUACCUCUCUUUUCCCGACAAUGGUUUGCGGGGAAUACUUGAUGGUGCGCACAUGAUGAAUCUCAGAAAUCUGGCAAUCCUUGAUCUUGGAGGUAAUAUGCUACAUGGCAAGAUUCCAAAUUCUAUAGGUCAGCUCAAGAGAUUAGAGGAGCUCCAUUUGGAGAACAACAACAUGACUGGGGAGCUGCCAUCAACUCUGAGCAAUUGCACAAAUAUCAUAACGAUUGACCUCAAGGGCAACAACUUCAGUGGAGAGCUUCAGAAAGUCAACUUCUCCAACCUGAGCAAUCUAGAAGUAUUGGAUCUUCUAUACAACAACUUCACUGGAACAAUUCCGGAAAGCAUUUACUCAUGCAGCAACUUGAUUGCAUUGCGGCUAUCUGGCAACAACUUACAUGGGCAGCUUUCACCGAGAAUAGGCAAUUUGAAGUCUCUUGUUUUCCUGUCACUUGGUGACAAUAAGUUUACAAACAUCACAAAUACGCUUCAGAUCCUCAAGAACUGUAGGAAUCUUACCUCCCUACUUAUUGGAGCCAACUUCAAGGGUGAAGCCAUGCCAGAAGAUGAAAAAUUUGGUGGUUUUCAGAAUCUUAGGGCUCUUUCCAUAUCUGAGUGCUCGUUGUCUGGGAAAAUACCUCUUUGGCUAUCAAAGCUAAAGAAUUUGGAGAUGUUGUUUUUGCAGAGGAAUCAACUCACUGGACCAAUACCCGCCUGGAUUAAAAACUUAACUUCACUUUUCCAUCUGGACUUAUCAUAUAACAACCUUUCAGGGGAAAUACCGAUAGCCUUAAUGGAGAUGCCAAUGCUAACAACAGAAAUUGCUGCAAUCCAUUCGGUCUUUGAGCUACCGGUUUAUCUAGGCCAUUCACUUCAGUACAGAAUAAUCAGUACUUUCCCGAAAACGCUGGAUCUUGGUCACAAUAACUUCACUGGUGCGAUCCCUCAUGAGAUUAUUCAGUUGAAAUUGCUUGCUAAACUCAAUUUCAGCUUCAACGCCUUAUCAGGAGAAAUUCCACAGCAGCUCGGUAACCUGACAAAUCUGCAAAUUUUAGACUUGUCUAGCAACCACCUCACAGGUGCAAUCCCAUUGGCACUGAAUAACUUGCACUUCCUCUCUAAAUUCAAUGUUUCUCAUAAUGACCUGGAAGGUCCUAUUCCGAGUGUAGGCCAGCUUAGUACAUUUCCAAGUUCUAGCUUUGAUGGGAACCCAAAGUUGUGUGGCACUAUGGUUGCUAGAUUAUGUGGCUCAGAUGAAGCACCUCCAGUCUCUGUUCCCUCCACCGAACAAUCGAUCAAAAGGAUGGCCUUUGUGAUUGCUUUUUUAACUUUCUUUGGUGUAGGGGUGCUAUAUGAUCAGAUAGUCUUGUCAAGGUACUUUGGCUAGUCGCAGUUUACAUGUGGGUUUAUGACAAUUUUAGCGCUACUUGGUUCCUACUCAGGUUAAGCAACAUUGACAACGGACAUGAUUUCAGCUGUGCGCUAUAUGUAACUCAUUUUUAUGUGUACAGAAACUGAGUAACUGGAGGGAACUUAUGGGUCUGGGCACAGGACUGAGGAGUAACCCAUCCGGUGCAAUUGCAAAAACAUCAUAAGCUGAUAUAAAUUGAAGUGGUCAAAAUUUGCCAAGAAAAAUAUCAUUCAGGUUUGGAUUUUGAGCAGCUAUAAUUCCAUCAUUCAACUUUGUUGCUGUACAAUAACACCACGCAGUUAAACCUUGAUGCACUUCUAAAUACAAGAAGAAACAUUGCCUUCAAGUUUGGCAACCGACAAUUAUCAAGCUUUGUAUAGCUGCAAACCAUAUUUAGAUCCUGAUUAUGUUGAGACUGAUGAACACUAUGGCAAAAUUGGUGAUGGUGAGGAAAUAGACUACAAGGACAAACAACCCUCCUGAUUACGGCACUCAUCUCUUCCUGCCUGAUGCUGAUGAUCAACACUUCAAUGGUGAAGAUGGAAGUAAUCCUGGGGCCAACCAAAUGCAAGACAGAGGGACUUAGCUAAUUUCUGGAGUCUCAGUUAUAUUCAUGGCUUCCUUUUCUUCUGGUUCAUGUAGCAGUGCUUUAAGUUAUGUAGUUGGUCUCUUCCUCUAUGGACUUUGUGAUUGUGGAUUUCAAUCACUGAUGUAUCUUCCUUUUCAGUUGUGUUGUCGUUACCCACAUGUCAUUUCAAUGUACGAACUUAUUUUCAAUUAUGAAAAUUAAUGGCAACAGGAA